AUGGGCUUCCCCGCCCCAGUUUGGUGUGGCUUUGCGGCCAUUGCGCUGCUCAAGGUCGACGCCGUGAGCAUCCUGAUUCGGUGCGCUGACGGCUCCGUGCAAGCGUCCGUGAAGAGCGAGCGCGGCAGCGAGGAGUACGCCGUGCGCACUGGCCCGCCGGGGGGUGCCGUCGUGACCGCCACGUGCUCGUGCCACGACUUCCGUCGCCGCGGCGGCCUGUGCAAACACGGUGCGGCCGUGGCUCUGAUGGCGCAACGGGAGCAGGUCGGCAUGGCCCCGCGAAUUCUCCACGAGUUAUAG